AGCGACGGGUGCCGGCAAUCCUCGGUGGUGGCGACGACCGCGAGCACUGCAGUAGAGCCAUGCAGCCAUAGCGCCCCUUCACCAGGCCACUAGAUCUGAUCCAUCCAUUCUUCUCCCCAUCUCUCAUCUUCGCUUCUCUCUUCUCCCCACACUUGUAUCUAUCGCUUGAUCGCCUGGUGCAUCCCACACUCGUUCUUUCCUCUGUCCCACUUGCACCCACCACAAUGCCACCAUCCCGCGUCCCCGCACCCGCCCACUCGGACCUCUCCCACCGCUCCCCCUUCGUCGCCUACACGGGCUCAUGGCUGGCCAUGGCCUCGUACCACUCAUGGGUGCCUGACACCGCGAGCACCGACGAGGGCGGCUUCUCCUUCGCGUUCGACGGCACAGACUUCGCCGUGUACGGCGCAUGGGACGGCGACACGGCAGCAUGGAUCGACGUCGACGGCAACAGCACGUGGUGGCAUGCCCCACCGCCCCGUCUCGAGGACGACGGGCAGGUGUACGCCGCGACGGUGGAGCCAGGCUUCCACCGUGUCUCGUUCAAGAUGGCCGGCGGGCGGAUGGAUCUCGUCAAGGUUGUCGUCGGCGACGGACCUAUUGGCCCAGAGCCCUAUUCUUGGGAGUUGUGGCAUAUCGCCCUCGCCGCAUCCGCCAUUCUUCUAGGCGCUACGCGUAUCAUCGCACGAAAAAGACGCACAUCAAAUCUCGACGUGACGUCGCCUUCUGAAAAGGUGUAGAGUUCCCCACUUCGCAUCUCAUACGACCCCACACGAC